AAAAGAAAAUAUUUUAAUGUCGACUUCUCAGCUCAGUUAACAACAGCAAUUAAGAAAAUAAUAGUUUGAAGCAUACCUUAAUAAAUAAGCAGAUAAACUAAAGACUUUAAAAGACAGGAGAUAGGAGAUUAAACUUCAGACCAAAGACCCUAAAGAAUUAUAAUUGCAUGUGUAAAAAGAGUUUCGCCAACUUUAUGAUAGUAAAAAUAGUUUUAAUAAUAAGAUAUCAUACAACCAAUCAAUUAAAAGACUAUUAAGACUGAAGAAUAAAUUCAAUAAUUGAUUGAUGAAUUUCAAGUUUUAUUUUAAUAUUAUGUUGAUAUCAAUUAUGCUUUAAUUGCAUAUGAUAAAUAGCAAUAUAAAGAAGUAAAAUUUUAAAUCUAUUUCUAGUAAUUAGAUUAAUUAGAAUGUACAAUAUUUACUUUGAGAUCCUAAAUUAUUCCAAGAUAAAAAUUUAAGUUUUCAAAACCUUUUCCUAAAGGAAAUCAACAACAAAAUUAAAUUUCAGAAGAAAAAUAAAGCUUUUUCGAAAAUGAUUCUGUUGUUAUUACAAAAGAAAAUUAUUAGGAAUCAAUUAAAUUAGAAAAUGGUUCACUCUUAUUAAAGAACUUAGAUAAUUCCCCUUUCAAUGUUGAAGGGUCAUUAGAUACAUUUUAUUUACAUAGUCUAAAGAAUGUAAAAGUUAAAUUUGGAGAUGUGAAGGGAAGUGUAUGGGUUGAUAAAUGUGAAGGUUGUGAAUUUUAAGGGAGCAUGCAUCAAUUAAGAAUUCAUGAUACUAUUGAUUGUUCAUUCAUAAUCUAUGUCACAUCAAAUCCUAUUAUAGAGAGAUGCUCUAAAUUAUCCUUCACUAAACUUGGAACUAAAGAAAAUAAUUUAUUUGAUUAAGUUCAAGAUUUUAAUUGGUUAAAACAAGAAAAAUCACCAAAUUUUAGCAUUAUUUGAAUGAUAAUUUGUCUAUGAUAUAAGAAAUUUCAAUUAUAUAAUGUGUCC